CGAGAGGCAAACCCACGGACGCGUCACCUGACUGGUGCCUUCCCCCACAUCACCCAGAGCGUCAAUCAGCAUCGUGAAUUCCUUCAAUGCGGAAGCAUUCAUCCGAUCAGCCAGAUAUUGCCCUCCUCUCUUCUUGUAUAUGGGUUCGGGGGUUUACAUCUGUCGCUGACUUCUCUCCAGUUCAGUCCCAGGGACAUGAACAAUUGAUUCCUUUCCAUGCCUGUCAUGCCACCCGUUUUGUGUAACUGUCAGCGUGCACAAGACUUCCGAUAUUGGAAAGCAGACUCUUAUCGAUAAAGAUGACCAGUACACGAGAUUCUCAUUCCUAUGCUUGUGACGAAUGCCGCUUGCGCAAGUCCAAGUGCUCCAAGGAGAAGCCAAUUUGUGCGCAAUGUAGGCAGCUGAACAAGGAAUGCAAAUAUAGUCCGAAAAUUACUCGGAGCCCCCUAACACGACAACACCUAACCUACGUGGAAGACCGUCUACAAGCUUUUGAAACAGCUCUAGGUAGACUCUUCCCUGGCGGUGAUCUGGACGCAACGGUUCGAUCACUUCUGCACGAUCAUGAAGGCCCAAAACCAACUCCAUCGUCUAAAUCUUCUUCUAGACAUUCCACUCCUGCUAAAACUGAAGCCGACAGGACGGAACCUGCUCCGGAAGCCCUCCCGCAACAGGCUGAUGGAUUUGAUUGGACUGAAAACAAAAUCACCGUCGGUGAUUUGACGGAUGGCAUGGCAGCUCUAUCCAUCAAGCCGGAGGGUACAGGAUAUUUCGGGGCAUCUUCAAGUGUUGUGCCGCUUCGAGCUCUAUUGAAGCACGGAUUUGACUUGAACUUUCCGGUAGGAUCAGCAAAACCAAACGCUGGCCCGGAAGGAGUACCUCUGAAGUCUCAGCUUCUGAAUACUGCGCCGUCUGGUGUGAUUGAACAAGCUUUUAUAGAUGCAUUCUUCUUGAACUACCACCGGAGCUAUCCUUUUGUGCAUGAGUCCACCUUCAGAGCUCAAUUCUAUGAACAAGCCACUCGCCGACAUGGGCAGGCGUGGCAAAUACUCUUGAACACCAUUUUAGCAUUGGGGGCGUGGAGUGUUGGAGACGAUAACUCAGACCUGGAUAUUACUUUCUAUCAGGAAGCCAGAGGUCACUUGCAGCAAGUGUCAGUGUUCGAAACUGGGAACCUUACUCUCGUUCAGGCAUUGCUACUCUUGAGUAACUACGCGCAGAAGAGAAACAAGCCGAAUACUGGGUGGAACUUUCUAGGAUUGGCCGUUAGAAUGGCAAUGAGUCUUGGUCUUCACAAAGAAUUUCCAGGCUGGAAAAUAAGUCUUCUUCAGAAAGAGAUGAGGAGAAGAUUGUGGUGGGGAGUCUUUAUCUUUGAUAGCGGUGCUGCGAAGACGUUCGGUCGACCAAUUCUUCUUCCUGAGGAGAGUGUCAUGGACGCAAAGCCUGUUCUCAAUAUCCAGGAUGAUGCCCUGACCGCGUCAACGACCACACUGCCCCCAGAAAUUAACGGUCCAACUAUUUACUCUGGAAUGAUCGCUCAGGCCAGAUUCCAUCUGCUCACAAACAGCGUCUACCAGCGCCUCAUCUCCACGCCGCCUCUUACCCCGGAAGAGACACGAAGUCUCCAGAAACCGUUGGAGGAAUGGUACAACGGUCUUCCCGAUUAUUUCAAGCAGCCAAGCUUUACAUCAGAAUCCGAUCCUUUUGCUUUGGUUCGAAACCGGCUUAUGUGGCGACACUGGAACCUCCGGGUUCUUCUGUAUAGACCGAUCCUCCUUCGCUGGGCUUCGAGACGAUGGACACCUAGUUCAUCUAAUGAACCGGAAGAUCCUCUUGAAGCCGAAUGUAGAAUGCUGUGUCUUCGAAAUGCGCGGUUGACCAUCUCCUCAAUCAGUGAUUUCAUGAGCAACUAUCUCUGCACGAGAAUAGGAGCAUGGUAUAUGCUCUACUUCCUGUUUCAAGCUGGUGUCAUCCCUAUCAUCUUGCUUAUGACAGACCCUACCAGCACAGAUGCCCCAGCUUGGCUUCAGGACAUCGAAGCUACUAAAAACCUCUUAUUGCAUCCCUCACUGAGUAGCAAUCGGCUUGCGGCUCGUUGUCUGCAAGUCAUUAAUCGGCUUUGCUCACCUGCGUAUACGAGCACUACUGCUGACAGGCCACCAGGUCAGCCGCCUAUUUUGAUGCAGUUUCCUGACCAGCUGUUUAAUGACCCGGCCUUCGGUGCUAUGUUCCCAGAUGUCGACCAGGAACUGAAUUUAGGCGGGAUGGACUUUUCUGAUUGGGUCAAUUACACACCACAGGCCGAGUUUCCUUGAACUAGCGACGGUUACGAUACGGUGGUCACCAGGACCAUAGACAAUACCCUGGGGAACGAUUGUGUCGUAUAUAUAUAGGUGAAAUUCUUCCGCGAUUACUAUAGCGACAUAAUCGUGGUAUGUUUACCGAUUCCAGACAGCCAAUGUUGAAAACGUGCACCGUUAUGUGCGAGGCACUUGUUGAGGGGGAGGGCCUCAAACGUACUCUUCUUGCUGCACGGAGGGCUUCACUAAGGUGUCCUUAUUGGGCCCCUGCGUGCCACGGAGCUCAGCCUCAAUCUGAACAAUACGUUGUUUCUCUUCGUGGGCUGCUGUGUCCCCGAAGAUAAGAUCCAUAUCCUCCAAUGUCUGAUAAUAGGCUUCGGUUAGCACAGGACAGAUCUUGGUGUACAGUUGUAAAGCCCAUGAGCGACAAACCUUUCCACGAGUCUCCGGAAUACAGAAGAAAGUGAAUGCCAACGCAAGGAGACAGAAUGCCGCAAAGAAGAUAUAUGUACCCCACGUGAUUGACUCGAGCAUAUCGGGGGUGAUCAAUCCAAUGAUACUAGCAUGCGAUGUCAGCCAACGAUCAACACGGAAUUCCCGAAGAAGAUUAGAUCAACGCACAAAUUACACAUCCAAGU